UGACGGGCAGGUAAUUGCUCAAUUCACUUCAAUCAUGACUGUCGGCGCCUUUUCAGAAUGGCGCAAGUUGCCCGUGAGUCUCAAUGAACUCUGCAUCAAUACUACCCUUCGCUGUGGUCAAUCUUUUCGAUGGCACAAUGUCCCCGACACAGACGAAUGGCGCUGCGUCCUCCACGGCCGUCUUCUCUCUCUAAAACAAGACCCAACCCACCUCUACUACCGAGCCUACCGCACUACCCAAUCCCCCAAAUCCAAAAACAAUGACGACGACACCAUCCUCUCCCUCCUAACCCAUUACUUCAACCUCUCCGCGAACCUCACCUCCCUCUACACCGAAUGGUCCGCCCAAGACCCCAACUUCCGCAAAAAAGCUCCCCAAUUCACCGGCAUCCGCAUCCUGCGCCAAGACGCCUGGGAAGCCCUGAUCUCCUUCAUCUGCAGCAGCAACAACAACAUUGCGCGCAUCUCGCAGAUGGUCGAGAAGCUCUGCCUUAACUACGGCCCCUUCAUUGCAUCUAUCAAUGGUCGCGCCUACCACGGUUUCCCGGCCCCGGAUGCCCUCACCGCUACCGACGUGGAGGGUAAGUUGCGCGGGCUGGGGUUCGGGUACCGUGCCAAGUAUAUCUAUCAGACGGCAGUGAUGGUGGCCAAGGAGCGGGAGGCUGGGUGGUUGGAUUCGCUAUGUAACCCGGAGUGUCCGGCUUGGGGAGUGGAAGCUACGCCGGCGGGUGAGAUGAAACCCGAGGGGAGAGAGGGGUAUCGCGAGGCACAUGAGAAGUUGCUUGGGUUGCAGGGGGUUGGGCCUAAGGUUGCGGAUUGUGUGUGCUUAAUGGGGUUGGGAUGGGGAGAGGCAGUUCCGGUUGAUACGCAUGUCUGGCAGAUCGCGCAGAGAGACUACAAGUUCGGAAAGGGGGGGAAUAAGUCCUUGACGAAGGUUACUUAUGAUGCUGUGGGAAACCACUUCCGCAAGCUCUGGGGCAAAGAAGCGGGGUGGGCGCAUAGUGUGCUGUUCACGGCAGAUCUGAGGACAUUCUCGGAUCGGUUGGCUGCGACUACGUCGAAGAAGGUGGAUGUGAAGGUAGAAAAGGAUGAUAAGGAGGGUGUCGAGGUGGAGACGAAGGUCACUACAGCUAUAGCUGUACCAAGUAAGAGACCUGCAGAUGAUGAGGGAGUGAAGGUCGAGAAAGAAGAUGAUGAUGAUGAGACCAAGGAAAAGGAGAAGCUGAACACCAUCGUACAAGCUUCACAGACAACGACAACAAGGAGGAUGUCGAAGCGACUCCGGAAGAAAUAAUU